AAUAAGUUGUCCAGCGAGGUGGUGGAGUCACCAUCCCUGGAAGAGUUUAAGCACGGUUUGGACCUGGCGCUGGGUGAUGUGUUUUAGUGAUUUCAGGGAUUAUAGUGGCAGUGGGUGUAAUAGGUGUACAGUUGGUGGUUACCAUGGUAAUGGCUAGUGUCAUACAGAAGAUCAUACCUCACUAUUCUCUUGCUCGUUGGCUUCUCUGUAGUGGCAGCUUACGGUGGUAUCAACAUCCCACUGAAGAAGAACUGCGGAUUCUUGCAGGGAAGCAAAGAGGGAAGAGUAAAAAAGACAGAAAAUAUAAUGGUCAUAUUGAAAACAAACCCUUAACCAUUCCAAAAGAUAUUGAUCUUCAUCUGGAAACAAAAUCUGUAACAGAAAGGGACACUAUUGCAUUGCAUUACUUUCCAGAAUAUCAGUGGUUGGUGGAUUUCACUGUUGCAGCUACAGUUGUGUAUGUGGUGACAGAAGCCUAUUACAGCAUUAUGAAGCCCUCACAAGAAAUGAAUAUCAGCAUAGUGUGGUGUCUGCUUGUCUUGGCUUUUGCAGUUAAGGUACUGUUUUCAUUGACUACCCAUUAUUUCAAAGUUGAGGACGGAGGUGAAAGAUCAGUCUGUGUCACCUUUGGUUUUUUCUUCUUUGUGAAAGCAAUGGCAAUACUCAUUGUGACAGAAAACUAUCUAGAGUUUGGGUUGGAAUCAGGAUUCUCGAAUUUCUCAGAAAGUGCUAUGCAGUUUCUUGAAAAACAAGGUUUGGAAUCCCAGGGUCCUGUGUCUAAACUAACCUUCAAAUUGUUCCUGGCUGUUCUGUGUUCACUUAUUGGUGCUUUUUUGACAUUCCCUGGCUUGCGACUGGCUCAAAUGCAUCUGGAUGCUCUGAAUUUAGCAACAGAAAAAAUAACACAAACAUUGCUACAUAUAAACUUCUUGGCACCUUUAUUUAUGGUUCUACUGUGGGUAAAACCAAUCACUAAGGACUACAUUAUGAACCCACCUUUGGGCAAAGAGAGCAUUCCUUUAAUGUCAGAAGAUACAUUUGAUACCAUCAGAUUGUGGAUUAUAAUCCUGUUAUGUGCUUUACGGUUGGCUAUGAUGCGUCAUCAUUUACAGGCCUAUCUGAAUUUAGCCCAGAAAAGUGUGGAUCAGAUGAAAAAGGAAGCUGGUAGAAUAAGUAUAGUUGAUUUACAGAAAAUGGUGGCUCGGGUAUUCUAUUAUCUCUGUGUAAUUGCACUGCAGUAUGUUGCACCAUUGGUAAUGCUCCUUCACACAACUCUGCUCUUGAAAACACUAGGUAAUUAUUCUUGGGGCAUCUACUCAGAAUUGAAUUCUGACACUCCAGUAGAAAAGAGUCUGCUUCCCAAUUCUGUUUAUUCUGUGUCUCCACCUGCUGAUGGAAAGAUGAAAGUAACUGUAGUCCAAAUAACAAUGGCUCUGGGAAGCCUAAAGAAUAUUUUCACUCCUCUCCUGUUCCGGGGACUCCUGUCUUUCCUCACCUGGUGGAUUGCUGCUUGCCUUUUUUCUACAAGCCUUUUUGGGCUCUUCUAUCACCAGUACCUGACUGUGGCAUGAACAAGUCAAUUGACAAAGCAAGUGUGAGGUCAAAUUCUAGAUACAAACCCAGGUACCCAAGAGGAGAUGAAGAGAAAAGAGAUCUAUAUAUGUGAAGAGAAAACAUAUCAUAAUUAUUUUUAAACAUUUCCUUGGUGUUCUCAGGGUAAAUAAUCUUAAAAUGCUUAAAAUUGCAACUGGGUUUGUUAUUUUUGUUACCCAAAUGGUAGGUAAUUAAUUGAAUUAUUGUAUUGGGACUGACUGACAUUAUUGUGUUGUAGAUGGUGGUAAGCAUGCUGAAAAGAUGCGACCUCUGAGUAUCUUGGUUUCCAUAAACAGCAAGCCAAACUCAAAAAUUUGUUUUAAGCAUCAACAGUUAUUGACUGAACUGCAUUCAAAGGGUACUGGACAUAGUGAUCGUGGCUGCCUAUGGAUUAAGUCUUGAAACUGAGCCAUACAGUGAAAGGAGAGAGAGGGGAUUUAAAAAAAAAAUUCUGUUGGAUAGCUGUUGAUCACUUUUCUCCUUGGAAAAUGAAAAAAUCCAACAGGAAAAAAGAGAUACUGUAUAUUACAGUAAGGAAAGUUGUAUAAAAUAUAAAUUUAACAGGAGUAGAUGUAUGUACCUGACAGGUAUUGCUGCCUACAUAUUUUGCAGGAGUGCUUGUGCAGUAAGAAGAGAGUUAUAACAAAUAUAUUGUUUCAGUCCCUGCAGUCAUUUUGAAGUAAUGGCCAUCUGUAUUGGUGCUAGUAUUGAUCCACAGAUUCCAUCUGGAUCUUUUAAAGUUCUUCUUUUAAGGUAGUGGAUAAAUUCCAUUGAAUUCACAAAAGUAUAGAAAAUAAUUAAUGACACCAGUCAAACAUUUCAAAACAAAACAGUUUAAUCCUGCUGAUUGACACUGUAUGUAUAUGUGUAAUGUACAUAUAAAUAUAUAUUAUAUAUUAGAUAUAUAAUAUAUAUGAAGGUGUGAAAUAUGGAAUCUUUAUUUUAAAUUACUGAAUGUGUCUGACAGGGCUGUGGGAGAAAGAUGUAUGUGUAUCUAGUGAUUUCAAGGUCCCCUUUUGAAAUGAAACUUAAAUUUUUCUUUUCUUUUUUUGGAGUUCAGUUGAAAGGGCUAUUUGGUUUUUCUGCCUCUUUAGAGGUACUUAGUUACACUAAAGAACUUACACUGUCUUGAAAGAAGUCUACUUAAACUGUUAAUCUUAAAAUUUCUGCUCUGUCAAAUCAUCAUCUUUUGCCACUUUAAUCUGUGUUAACUUGACCGUAUAAUGAUAAUUAAUAUAUCUUGGCUUCAGAAAUAGAUUUUCUGUACAAUAAAGCAGCUAUAUAGUAUGAAAAAGAGCAAAGUACUAGCUUUACAAUUUUUGCUUAGCUAGAGAGAUAGAUUCCAAUCAAAAAAUUGUUUUUUCAGAUGUUUUGUGUAUUUGCAAAACAGGAAUGGGGAUUUAUAUGCAGUAGCUUUUUUAAACAGUUAAUAUUACACUUUGCAAAUGUCAGUGGAUUUUUUAAUUAAUACUAGCUGGUUUUAUGUUACUGUUCUUUUUCUCUUGAAUUUGUGUACAGCUUUGGCAUAUAAUAAGCAUUUAUAAAUGGAAAAGCUUAACUAAAUAUUUAAUAUGUAGCAAACCUACCGUAUGGGAAAACAAACUCAAUGAAUGCAGAAAAUCAAGAUUUUGAAGCUGGUGAUAAACUAUCUUACUGUGUUGAAAGCCUUUUAAGUUAUUUAUUAGUUUAUUAAGUUGCAUUUAUUGAUAUUGGGGAAAGAUUUGUGUACACCAGCCUAGUACCUACUGCAUGCAUUUGGGAUGUCUGAGAACACCUUGCAUGAUGCUACUGGUUUCAGUGUGACUGGGGCUGCAAGCUUUGUUGUUUUCACUUUUUGUAACUAACAGGGACAAAGGCUUAACUGUGAAUUGGCCUAAAGGUUAAUAUUUGACCUCAUAGUUUUCAAAUCACAAAGCAUUCCUAGGAGGCAUCUUUCAGAUGAAUAACAGAAUGACAAAAUAUGACAGGUCCAACAAUACUGGAGCCAUUCUUGUAUUAGUUCUAGGUAUGUCAUUACUACAAGAUACAUCAUUACUAGUAGAAUUAAUAAGGCCAGCUUUUAGGUUAGAGUUAGGUGUUCAAUGCUAAUCUUCUGUUCAGUAAAAUGAAACGAUGCAAACCAGUUUGGUUCUGAUAGUGAACUUGCCUGUUGAAGCUCACUAUAUAGAAGAUGUAACCUGUUGUUGCAAUCUGAAGGAAUGAAUUUUGGAUAUUUGAGAAUACUUCAAAAUAAUGUUAAACAGCAGUUUCUGUUGACACAGUUAUUCUGAAAGCCCCUAAGCAAAAGUGGUCUGUAGUUACAUAAUAAUGCAUUCAGCAAAGGUCAUAACUGGAUCAUGUAGCUGAACUUCACAGAGCUUUUCCUAAGAGCUGGUGCUGCCUUACUAUUCAGACAUCACACUGAUCACAGUGAAAAAUAGGCAUCUGGUGUUGCAAACAUGAAAAUCAAUGCUUGUAGCCAUUGUGCUGUUCCACUGUUCUAUAGACCAUUGUUCUGCAGAACUGAAUGGUUGACCUUUUGGUCAGCAGUCUGAUCUGAGUGGGAGAUGGUCUUUCUUUGGAUCCAUUUAAUCCUGACAUGAGUCCAGAAGGCUUAUGAAAAACUAAAUAUGGCAAUAAAAGCCUUUGAAAUGUGAGGUGACAGUGAAACCAGAGGGACCAUAUUGCUAAGAUUGUGAGCAGUGCUUCCUACAAGUAUGUGAUACGCUCAAAAAUGUCUUUUAAAGUAAAGUAGCAACCCUGAUAAUCUUGACUUCCAUGUAUGUUGUGUAAGGUUCAAAGGAGUAUCUGCUCACUUCUUUAGUAAGUUCCUUUGAAACAGCAGCUGGUAAAUGCUUUUUUUGUUUCUUUGUUUCAUGGAGACCUUUAUCAACACCUGGCAAUGGGAAAGCAUCUUGCAGAAAUGGAAGAGAAAGUAAAACAUGACUGAAAGGUUGGUGGGCAUUAUUCAGGAUUCCGAAACAUUUUGUCUUGCUUUUUGUCCACUACUUAAUUAAAAAUUUUAGAAUGGUUUGGGUUGGAAUGGAUCUGAAAUGGAUCACUUUCCACAAGACCAGGUUGCUCCAAGCCCCGUCAAACAUGGCCUUGAACGCUUCCAGAGAUGGGCAGCCACAGCUUCUCCGGGUAACCUUAUCCAGUGCCUCACCAUUUGCACAGGCAAGAGUCUCCACCUAACACCUAAUCUAAAUCUCCCUUCUUUUAGUUUAAAACUAUUUCCCCUUGUCGUGUCACUCUCUGCCUAUGCAAAAAGUCAUUCUCCCUCUUUUUUAUAAGCCCCCUUUAAGUACUGGAAGGCCGCAGUGGGGUCUCCCUUAGUUUCUGAGAGAUUGUAGAAGGAAAGGUUCCUUUGGCAAAGAACCCAUCUUUGUUUCUUUCUUUUCAAAUUCGGAUCUCCCUUCCUCUCUUAGUGACGUGACUUCUUUCUUCAACUUCUGUAGAUGAUCUACAGUGCUUUCCCUAUGUUCCCUCUCAGAACUGACUAGGCUAAAUUAGUCCAAGAUUGUAUUUGGACUUCUGUUUAGUUUAAAUUUACCUAUUUCUGAAGGAUAAGUUCCUUUAAAUAGUUCAAAUAACUUUGAGCUCCAGCUGAAACAUGAAAAAACUUGUUAACAAUUGUUUAAACUCUACACUUACAUUAUAUAAGUCCCUUGAGAAAAAGGGUUAGGAUGGUGAUAAACCCAAGUCUUCCAGCAAGUUCAGGGAGGUCCAAACAUAACACUUGGGCUAUUUCUGAGCUAAGAGAAGUUGAUUAAGAAAAGGAGAAUAGAUUAUAGAAAGCCUAUUCUUACAGGUGAUUAUUCUCAGGCCAUGCUUGUCCUCUUUUAUUCCUUCUCAGGCUAUAGGUUAUGCCAGUUGUUGAGGUUUUGUUAGCUGCUCAGUUCUUUCCUCUUCCAGAAUUCACUUGCAUAAGGAUCAACAGAUUGAACAGUAGCAUCAGUACAAGACAACAUCCUUGUACAGAAGAUACUUAGAGAAAAUUAAUUUCUGUUGCAGUUGUUCUUCUCAUUUGGGUCACAAGUACUGCAAGGUGUCUAAACAGAAAUACAUUCUUCCCUGGAUUGUAAAGUCAAAUUUGUCUAAGAACAAAAAUGCUACCAAGACAUCAACGCAACAAUUAGGCAGCAUUACCUCACUCUAUGCAGUAGUUAACAAGUACAGAAAUUUCAGCUAACUUCAAAGGAACAAUUCAAAGUGCUGUACUUCACUACAGUUACUACAGCUAAGUGGUAAUAGGGAUAUUGGAUAUCACAUAGAAGUUUGAACACAUCUGAUCUUAAAGCUGUUGGAAGGCUCUCCAAGGUAAAAGGCCUUAUGUCUCUUUAUUCUCAAAUAUCUGUGCUUUCCACAGAGUAAUUUUGAUCAGUUUUUAAAUACUACACUUCAUGCUUUUUCAUAUGGCACAAUUUGCACGUGUAUUUGUUCAACACAGCCCUUCCCCACCCAGACUUAACCCCACAGUUAAUUUUGUCACUAUAAAGUUACUAGAUAAUUUUAAUUAAGGUUUAAGAAUUAAGUAAUUAAGGUUUAAGAAUUAAGUGCCCAGAGAAAAUGAAGACACUGAACAAGAAUGAGGCCAAACAAAAUUGUGUGUUCUCUUGGAGAAAUAUGUUACAGCUGAGCAAAAUCUUAAUGGAGGAAGACAACAGCAGGUUACUUGUAUCCUAAAUCAAAUAUUAAAUGUGAUUCUUUACCAUUAUGAGUAACACUGUUAUUUUUAGCAUCUGCAGCCUAAAUCCCAAAUGGUAAAUCAAGAGCAAUAUUUUAACCCACUGAUAUCUACUCUAAAGAGCAUCUAGGCAACAAGCUUAGAAGUCAAAUACCUGAUCUCACUAAGCAGGCUGGUGCAGAUUGGUCUGUCUAUGCUUCAGAGUGAUUUUUUGCGACUCCUUCUUUAGGAAGGCCUGCCGUGCUUUGUGACCUGUGCAGCACAAGCAGUGAAGUGGAUGGCAUGUCUCAUUUGCACUCCUUAGUACUAGACUGAAAGGUCUUCCUCCUCUAAGUGAGAUCAUGAAGCCAACAUAUCAUUUCCAGGCUGCUUUCACUGACAUCUGUAUAUGCUGCACUUAACUUUUUCCAGUCUCUCACUGUGGACUAUCAGAAGAGUAAUAUCACACUGGAUGUUGUUUUGCAUGCCAGUGUAUAUGUAUUUUGAUACCUUUGAUUUCAAAGGCAUUUUUAAUGGAAACUAUUUUUAAUGCUAAUACCAUGGAUCAUAUUUUCAUUUUUUAAAUUAAUAUCAGUGCCUGCAACUAGAAGUCAAAAACUUCUACAGUUUUUUUUUUUUAAAGUUUGAUGUCCAGACUGAAAUGUUAGCAGGUAUGUAGUUCUAUAUCAAAGUGCAAAAUCCACCUGUAAAUACCAAAUUUUUUCCAUGUGAUUACAUGUCAGUCAAGAACCCUUAAAAUUUGUACUUGCAGCAUUUUUUCUCAACAACAUACAAUCCAUACGACUCUGCUAUCUAUAAAAUACACAUUUCAGAAGAGCUUUGAAUAGCUUUUUACAAACCUGUUACCUGUAGGUCAUUACUGUUUUGUUGUGCUGCAACAUAUUUUUUAAAACCUGGCUUAAAAUUCUUGCACUUAAAGCCAACCUUAUUCUCUCUUCCUCUGUUCAUAGUAACUCUGCCUCCCAUACAGGUUCUAAGCUUCCAGAGUGUGUAUUCACAGUAUUUUUGAUAAAAACUUAGGAUAAAGAAAAAAGCAUCAAAAAUUGUAUUUCAUAACUACAGUUCAUACAUAUCAUGAUGUGCCAACUGUUUUUAUUUUUCCUGUCUUUGGUCAUUCCUUUGUUCCAUUGGAAACAGCAUGUAAGGUUUUCUAGGAGGAAUACACAUGGAAAAAUAUUCUGUAAUAGAAGUUACAGAAAGCUGUCUAAUGUUUCAGUCUUCCCAUUUAUGUGAGUAAAUAUUAAUGCAAAGAAGCUAUUAAAUAAUUUCAGCCUAAAAUUUCUCAUAAGGUAAACUUGUUACAAAUUGCACAGGGAACAUCUUCCAAGUUGUAAAUAUUUUACUUUAAAUCUUUUACUUGUCUCUUUGUUGCUGGGAAUGCACAAAUUCAGUGUUGUUGUUCAGUUAAUAGUCUUUUUUUUUUUUGUCUUUAAGUGAAAAGCACAUAUUACUUUCCAUUCUAGAACAAACCUAAGACAAAAAGACCUUCCUCCCUUCAUUUAAGUAUUUGCCAAAUGGGAAAGACUUUGAUGUUAUAUAUGUAAAUUUUAGCUUCCUCUUAUUGCUACAAUACUGUUAAAAUACGAUUUUUAUACCUACAGCUUUACAAGUACUAAGAUUGUCAUGCUUCACAGUGAGGAUGGUGCCAAAUGGUGUUUGUGUUAUAUUGAUCUGGUGUUGCAUUACCUGCUGUUUAAAAACAAAUUGCUUCCUAUGCUUUUAGAGGUUCAGCAGGAUCUGUGAUCAGAAGAGCAUAACACAUGUUGAAAAAGCUCUGGUUUAGGGUGGGUUUUUUUGGUUGUUUUGGGGUUUUUUUUUUAGUGGAGUGGAUAAUAUUUGGGUACAACUAAUAAACAACCUCCACUAAUAUUGCAUUAUUUUUAUACACUGUAAAGUGCCUAAUCAUGGGUGAUUCUGGUAGCCCUUGGAAUGGGGUUUGCUAUGAAAUUUUUUUUUUCAUACUGUUUUUGGUUUAUGUCCAUGUGUGGUUUUGUGUUGUUAACAUACUGGAGACAAGAUUUUGAAGAAAUCUUUUCCGUUCCUUGUACUUAAAUGGUAAUCUAACAACUUUGCCCAUAUCUGACUGGUAAUUGAAUGCCCCUAAUUUAAAUUAACACCCCUCUGCUACCUGCCACCUCUGCAUUGUUUUCUUUAUGACUGAUGGCAAGGAUUUACAAGCUUUGGAAAGGGUUGACUUACAAAGUUUUGUAGUGACACCUGGGGUGUUAAUUAUACCCCAGUUGUCCAGGCAUAUGGGUGACUUCAGCCAGGUAAGUUGUUCUGCUUGGGCUCAGAAGGCUACACUGAAGUUCACUGAAUCUUUAUGGAUUUGGAGCACAAAGAGUACCAAAUGUGAUAUGGCUGACUGACACCAAGCUCCAAAAAGUUACACCUUGUAGAAUUUUGUAGAAUUCUGUUAGGGUAUUUAACAGUGAAACCAUCCUUACUUUAAAACUGCUUCUCCACCUUCAGGAAUGCAAGAGCUGAAGGCAGAACCUGCCUGGUUCAGCAUGGAAGUUAGAAAGUGAGGAAACAGCAAGCCCGUGCUCCUGAAUUAAUUAAUUAUACAUUCUUCAUGUGAAGUGCUUUUAAGUUGAGCUAGUGUUCCUGAUUCAAAUCUACCAAAGGAAGCCUUCUUCUGAAGAAGGCUUGUCACAGCAUGUUGAGCUUUUAGCUCUAAAAAGUGGGUGUAGAAAUCUGUACUCUAUAUAGUACACUAUUUGGAAACCUGGUACAGUAAGCUUGCUAAAUAUUUCCUUCACUAUUUGUAAGAAUUUACAUUACUUUUUUUACUGUACAGCAUUUAAGAAGCUGGUUUUGCCUUACUCAGGCAGCGUUUUAUACUAAUGUAAAAAUAAUAAGAAUUGGUUUGUUGCCUAAAUGCCUAAAUUUCUUUAACAACAGUAAAUUUCACAAAAUUGAAGCAAGGUUAUGCUUUCUUAUUACCUGUACAUUUUUUGAAAUGUUACAGUUUAACUCUGCUUUUAUAAUGCACACCUUAUUAAAAUGAAAUUUAUAUCUGUUAGUUAGUUGCUCAUUAGUUUGCACACAGCAAAUCUAAGAGAAACUGUGAUAUCUGCUGUUUACCAAGUGGCCCCAUCAACUUGCCUGCCUUUGUAAAGUGUUAAUCCAUGUUGGACAUAUAAUGUCUACUGCAGUAGACAUUGUACUCUGCAUGCCUUACAUUUGUGCACUGUGAAGGACAGACCGUUUUACGGUACUUUAGGUUUAAAAAAAAACUUCCAUUAUUUUAUAUAGUAUUUCUCAUAUCCAAAAUAGGACAAUUUCUAAAGCCAAAGAUCAAUAAAUGUUCGUUGUCUACCAGUGUGAUAUUUUUCUCCUACAUUUUAUGAUAUAUGCUGCUUUUUAUCAACUUGCAGAAUCUCCCAAGAGCAUGUAAUAACCAGGCUUCUUAUCAGUUUUUCUACUAGUCUAAGUUGUUUACUUCUUUUAGAAAUAAUUGAGUAGACCACUUAGUCCCGCCUUCUUUGGGGUGCAGCAAAAAAAAUAAUUUUUGAAUAUAAAUGCAGGUAGUGUCUUACUCAUGUGAACAGCAGUUUAACCACAAUGAACCAUUUAGAGAUUUCUUAUGAAUGUUUUCAUUUUUGUGUGUUUCACUAUUUAAAUUUUUGUACCAUUUCUGGAGAAAGAUUGGCUGUACAACAUAGUAAGUGGAGGAAAUUCUGAGUUUCCCAGUACACUCAAAGGAUUUGUCACCCUUCUUGACUGUCACCCUUCCUGAUAGGAAAUCACUUAGAAAGGGGUUGUGUUUGCUUCUUAUGAAAAGAAAUGUGUUUAAAAGCA